AUGGCUUGUGAGCGAAUUGGCUACCGUAAACCAUCGAGAGUUGGGAUCAUUGGGGCUGGUAUCAGCGGCAUAGCUGCUGCUAAGCAGCUCUCCCAUCACAAUCCCAUUGUUCUCGAGGCAACCGAUUCGAUAGGUGGCGUUUGGAAACAUUGUUCAUUUGCUUCCACUAAGCUCCAAACCCCUCGAUGCGAUUUCGAGUUCUCGGAUUAUCCCUGGCCGGAAAGGGAUAAUUCCAGUUUCCCUACUCACCUUGAGAUCCUAGAGUACUUGCACGGUUACGCUACGCACUUUGAUGUGCUGAAGCACGUGAGGUUCAAUUCAAGGGUCAUCGAGAUUCGUUACGUUAGCACCGGACAAACGAUGAAUAUCGAUGCGAUGGCGGCUGGUCCUGGAGAGUUCGGACCUCUUCUGAGUGGCCAUCCUGUAUGGGAAGUCGCUGUGGAGACACAUCCAUCGAAGACUGUUGAGUGGUAUGAGUUCGAAUUACUGGUGGUAUGCAUAGGCAAAUACGGCGACGUACCGAGAAUGCCGGUUUUCCCUCCGAAUAAAGGCCAAGAAAUUUACAGUGGCAAAGUGAUGCACACCAUCGAGUAUUCUAAGCUGGAUGAAGAAGCCGCCCGAGAGUUGUUAAAAGGCAAGAGAGUCGCUGUUGUUGGCUACAAGAAAUCCGCCAUUGAUUUAGCUACUGAAUGUGCGGAGGCAAACCAAGGAGCAGAUGGUCAGCCUUGUACAAUGGUGAUAAGGACAUUACAUUGGACGGUCCCAGCUUACUGGAUUUGGGGUCUGCCCUUUUCGCUGUUUUAUUCAACAAGAUCUUCUCAGUUUCUCCAUCAAAGGCCAAACCAAGGGCUGCUAAGGAAUUUGCUCUGUCCUCUUUUGUCUCCCCUGAGAAAAGCAGUGUCCAAGUUCAUAGAGUCGUAUUUAGUAUGGAAGCUACCAUUGGAGAAAUAUGGACUAAAACCAGAACAUCCAUUUGAAGAAGAUUAUGCAUCUUGCCAAAUGGCCAUCCUUCCCGAAAAUUUCUUCUCUGAGGCAGACAAGGGAAAGAUCGUGUUCAAGAAAACACCCAAGUGGUGGUUUUGGAACAAAGGACUUGAAAUCGAAGAUGACACCAAGAUCGAAGCCGACGUCGUGCUACUCGCCACUGGUUUUGACGGUAAAAAGAAGAUUCACGAUUUACUGCCGCACCCUUUCUCGAGUCUCAUAUCGGACUCGUCGGGAAUCAUGCCGUUAUAUAGGGGAACCAUCCAUCCUUUGAUACCGAACAUGGCGUUCGUGGGGUACAUCGAGAGCGUCGCAAACCUUCACACGGCUGAGCUGAGGUGCAAAUGGCUGGCGAGGCUCGUCGAUGGGAUGUUCAAGCUCCCGAGCAUCGGGAAAAUGCUUGAACAAACGGGGGAAGAAAUGGAGAUCAUGAAGAAAACAACUCGAUUCUACAAGAGGCAUUGCAUUUCGACAUUUAGUAUUUAUCACAGUGAUGAGAUUUGUGAAGAGAUGGGGUGGAAAUCUUGGAGGAAGAACAAUUGGUUGUUGGAAGCUUUUGCUCCUUACAACAGUCAAGAUUAUGGAGAAGAUAAAUAA